CACUGGCCUCUACCCCACCCUCUUCUCUUUGUUUCAGGAGCUCUGCUGCUGUUUUCCAGUCUGAGUAUCCUGCUCCAAGGUGUGGGCAGCUGUCCCAAGAAAUGUUUGUGUCACUCAUCUUCAAACUCUGUGGACUGCAGUGGCCAGGGGCUGUCCGAGAUUCCUCCCGAUCUACCCCCAUGGACACUAACCCUGCUCUUACAAGAUAACCAGGUCCAUUGGCUUCCUGCUCAUGCAUUUAGAUCUGUGCCACUGCUCAGAACCUUAAAUUUAUCUAACAACUCUCUUUCAAAUCUGGCUUCAGAGGCUUUCUAUGGACUUCGGCACUUGGAGGUUUUAAACCUAACCCAAAAUUCCCUGCUUUCCCUGGAAAGCAGCCUUGCCCAUGCCCUGCCUGGGCUCAGGGAGCUGGAUCUGUCAUCUAACAGCCUCAGUCUCCUGCCCACGUCCCUGGGCAAGCCUUGGGAGAACCUGACCAUGUUUGCCGUGCAGCGGAACCAUCUCCUGCAUCUGGAUCGUACACUUCUAGAGGCCAUGCCCAAGGUGAGACUGGUACUUCUUAAGGACAACCCCUGGAAAUGUGACUGCCACUUGCUGGGUCUGAAACUCUGGCUGGAGAGAUUCACCUUUGAAGGGGGAGUAACAGACAGCGCCAUCUGCAGGCUGCCUGAACACUGGAAAGGAAAGGACCUCCUCUCCAUUCCCCAUGAACUAUACCAGCCCUGUCCUCUGCCUUCUCCAGACCUGGCACCCUCACUAGUUCAGCAGCCUGGUUCUGCCCCUCAAGAGGCCCACAAGCCUUCUGAGAAUAACUCCGGACAACAAGAUUCCUUGGAGUGUGAGCCCAAACCCAAACCAAAGCCAGCCAACCUGCGCCACGCUGUGGCUACUGUGGUCAUCACCGGGGUGGUAUGUGGGAUUGUAUGUCUCAUGAUGUUGGCAGCUGCUAUCUAUGGCUGCACCUACGCAGCUAUCACGGCCCAGUACCACGGGAGACCCUUGGCACCAACCAGUGAGUCUGAGAAAAUGGGAAGCAAGGAGCCAAUGGACAGUUCCGCAGCCCGAGAACCUCCAUGUCAAAGUUCCUCCUUGAUCAACUGAGGGCCGCAAGAAAUGUUUGAGUGGACCUGAUGUGCAUCACUGCUCUUCUCCCGUGUAUUGUCUUCCAAAACAACUAAGAGAAAACAUGUGUCUGUUAAAAAAAAAAACGUACCCAAAUUUAUGGGAAGAAAUUUAUGCUAUAGCUUUGAAAUAUCACAGACAAAGUAGUUAUGCUCAUAUCCUGCAACUGAGAGGUUAGACAAUGAGUCUAUGUGCAGGAACACGAAGAAGGGAGAGGCCAUCGCUUUUAGGUACCUUUCUCUGGAUUAACUUGUUUCUACAGAGCAACAGGAAUGUUGACAUGUGUGCCAACAGGCAUUCUUAGGAGCUUUGGGGGCCACCAGUUGGAGUGCCUGGGAAGAGGCUGGUGAUCUUACCCGAGGGGUACUGGAUGCCUCUAUAAUUCAAGUUCAUGCUGGAUUGGUAGGACUUUUAGAUGUUGUGUAUGUUAUAUAUUUAGUGGAAAUGUCUGUUGGUUGGGAAUUUCAUAGCUGGCCACAAGAGUCGGAUUAUAUUUAAUUUUCUAAAUCAGAAAACCAUUUGGGGCUUUCUGAGCUGCAGGAGAAGACAAGGGUUCCAUGUCUGGUUAAUGGGACUCAGGCCUGGAGUCUGGGCAGGGUUUUUGAUGUGAAGGAACACAGAGGGAAGGAGGGGUGAACCAGAAUAUAGGGCAGAUAUCACCAAAAGGCCAUAUCCACCAACCAACUGGAACCUUACCCUAGAACUCACAGCAGGGAUGAAUUUAGAUUAGGCUGAAUGGUGCUUGUGUCUCUGCGUCUGCGUACACAAUGCACAGAGGGCACGAAUUUGUACAGCUACACCCACACAUAAACACCCUCGGAGCAAUCAGCUUACCCGCUAAUGAAAUGCAGCCGUGUCGGGGUGGGAGCCAGUAGCUGCUGAUCACCACCCAGAUGGUAUGCUCAACACUCUGGGAGAGGAAGCAAGAAGGACGUGGGACGGGGAGUGGGCAUUACUGGGGGACUUGAGGUACUUGGUGGCAGACAUCCUGGCUAGUGCUGAAGUGUGGCUUUAAAAAGUUCAGGUAUGGCUUGCUAAGUCCACACAGACUUUGUCCCGGAGAGUUGCAUGCAAAGUGAAUUUUUGUAAAUUGAAUCAUCAUUUUAAUGCAGCAGGGGAGCUCGCUAUUUAAAGGAACCUUUCAUGGAAUCUUUUCUGUAAUGGAAAUAAUUGGCUCCAGAUUGAUGCAUUUUUCAAAUUUGCAUUUUUUUGCUCGGGUUUCUUAAAGCGGAAUAUACCUAUACCUACUCUUUCUGUUUAUACAACAAGCACUUUUUAAGAUUAUAACUACUUUGCACAGGAAGAGAGCACAGAGGAGUUAAAGACAUGUUAAAAGCAGAAAAUGACAAAUAUGGGGCAAGCUGUUCCUCUAGAGCCCAUGACAGACAUUGCUAAUCAAUCCCAGCACUCUUCCCAGCUGAGCCUCAAAUACACCACAGAUGGUUUCUUAAGACAGCACUAUAGGCAACCAGAACUAAUCAAUUGGAGUUGGUUCAAAGGAUAAAGCACAUUUGCCAUUCAGGGUACUGGCUCUACUUCACCCCUCAAGGCCAUGUAAAAAUUGGUUUGGAUCCCCAGUCAGUAGUCUACUCCCAAAUUGGAACGCCAAUGGGACAUGCAUGUGCUGGGAUGGACAGAUGCAAGCUGUAAGCAGUGUAAACCUUGUAAACCAGUGUGCUAAGGGUCAACUGUCUUUUUGGAGCAUCAAUUCAGCUAGAUAGUUUCCUUGGGAGAAGAAGUUGAAGUGUGAAUAGCAAACACUUUUCUGAAUAUCAAAAUAAAACUAGAUGCAUAAAAUUAUAAGUUUAAAUGCACAAUGUAUAUAUGAAUGGAAAGUCACAGUGAAACCAUUAGCCUGUGCAAUUAGUAUGUUUUAAUGAUUACAGUGUAAGAAUGAAUAGAACAAACAGAGUUCUCAGGGAAGGCCUCAUGGCUGCAUGGGCUGUUAGUUGCCAUGAUACCACCUCCCUAUUGUGCCAAGGUGGUCCAACUCAACCGUGUGGUGAUUGAGUUCCUAUUCCAAGGAUGUAGCAGCUACUUUCAAGCUGAAAAAGCAUUUCUUUCCAUUGUCCUAACUGCCUUUGUUGUUGCUGUUGGCCAAGAAUGUAAUGUGAGAGGAAAUUGAGAAGGUCCGUUAUUUUUCAUCUCCAUUUGACCAAAUGUUUUCCAAGCUCACACUGUUAGCAGGCAUGGCGCAAACUGUUCCCAUGAGCAUUCCACACAGAAUUCUGACACUCUUCCGAGGGAUGCCUGAGCAGCUAUCACAUGCCCCAAGAACUCCCAGGGCCAACAGCACAUACCUCCUCUAACAAGUGAUUUGAGACUGCAAGUCUACUGUGGCCUGCUGAUAGUUUGGAGGUGCUGUAGGUAAGCCUUGUCCUCAGAGAUUACAUCAAAGAGUUUCCAGUACACAGCACAAACCAUGGAUGGGGCCUAAACCCAUGCUUGUCAACAUCCUAAUCCUAUUAGAUGUCAAAGUCCAGAUGAUAGCUUCUAGCUUCAUAGGUAGUCUUUAAGCAAAAGGAUUUAAAUGAUUCACAUGUAUACUCAGAUUUCUAUCAUUUGCCUACAGUCACCACACACAGCAGUUGGCAAUGAAAAUAAUUACUUACUCUGAAAUGUCAACAGCUUCUCAGCACAGAAAAAUAUAAAUCAAGUUGUUUAGAUGAACAAACGUGGAGUUAUCAUUUGUUAAUAUGAGAAAUGAAAUGUUUUAAUUGCAAAAUGCACAGCAGAUGAAAGACCCAGUUUGCAGGGAAUUCUGCAAGAACCACAAAUUAUCUUUCACAAGCACUGUAGCUCACGAGGGGCAAUUUGCAAACGCCUCACAGAUUAUUUUCAGCUGCGUAUUACUGCUGUCCUAUUCAUAGAUUUCCCCAUAAGAAUGUCCUUCCAUCAUAGUGCUGGGCUGGAGGAGAUGCUGAGGCCCCAAAUCAUGCUUAGUGCUGAUUGUCUCAGAGAAAGUUAUCUGAAAUGUUACAUUUUCAUUAAAGGCAGCAUGACACGGUGGUGACAGGCAGGUGGUUUUUGCUCAGGGAGGGCACCGAGUUCACAGACGCUGCAGCUUUCUGCAGUGAAGUAGAUGGGAAAGGCAAGGAAAGCAGGCAAUGAUGAAGCCGUUUGUGAGGAAUCAGAUGGGCUACCAAGCUGGAAGAGCUUGCACAGUUACAGCAGGUAACUCAGACUCUGCAGAAAGAAUCUUGUGCUCAAGAUGAUGAAAUGCCAGUGGACAAAGACAUGAUCUCAUGUUGCCGUACGAAAACAGAAAGCCAAAAAGAGACCCACACCUGGGCUUCCUGCUGAAGGUUCCUGAAAAUCACAUUCCUUUGCUGAAGCUAACUAAGAACUUCUGAAAACAGACCCCUUUGUCUCACACUCCUUCUCAACCUGUGGGUCACAACCCCUUUGGGCUCAAAUGACCCUUUCGCAGGGGUGGUCACAUCAUCUAUUUACAUGACUAUUCAUAACAGUAGCAAAAUUACAGUCAUGAAGUAGCAAUGAAAUUUUAUGCUUGGGGGUCACCACAGCAUGAGGAACUGUAUUAAAGGGUCGCAGUGUUAAGAAGGUUGAGAAACAAUGCUUUAAAUAUUGAAAGAAGUGGAUAAAUUGGUUUCCAAAGAAAUUUAUAUGUACUCCAUAUGCAUAGUUACACAGCAACCAUUUGAGACCUGUAACUUCCUAUGCAGAUCAGGAAGCACUGCGUCCAGUGUAGUUAAAAACCCAUCAGUAGAUCUACUAUAUGCUACUAUCAGAAAUCUACAAGACACGCCAAUUUACAAACCAAGCUGGAUUAUCUAUAGAACUUUAGGGGACCAUCCUCUUCUCUCUCUUGAUGGAAAUUCUUCAUUUUUUUAAUACUCAAAUUGCAAUGAGGUCUCACAGAGGCCUUGGUCUCAUUCAGAGGCUUGGCUUUCUAUCUUACUGGCCUGCUUUCUGAUCAUCUAUUUCCACACCAGACACUGAAGGUUCCGAAUCCUCUGGGUAGGUAGGCGCUCAUCCAGCCUCACGGGUCCAUUAAGAUGACCCCGGAAAUGAAUCAAAGAAGCCAGGAAAUGCCCUCAAGAACAGUAUGUCUAGGCCUGGAAAAUUUCACAACAAAAGUUGUCAUUGGCCUCCUCGUCCAUCAUGGGCAUUGCUAACAGAUCACAGCAAACUUAGCUGGUUCCCGACCAGCUCAGAAUCCUUUCCAAUCUGUUUCUCAGGUGCUUACAACAGAUCAACUAGUGUUGACAUAGGGGAUUAGUGCAAUUUGCUACUUUGAUAUAAUUCAGCACCUUUAUUUUACAAAUAGUAACUAGAAGUAUGGAAAAGGGGGGAAAAAACUUUCCAAAAGUCACACAUGGUUCAUUGUGUGCCCGAUAAACCCAGACGUAGAGGCCUGUAGUUAGUGUGAGUAACACAAACCAAUCUCCCAUUACCCUCCAUUCACUGUGCAGUCAGCCACACUAUCUAGACUAUGACAUCAUUGUACUAAUCACUUAGACAAAAACAAUAAUAGCACCACCAUCAACAUUUAUUGAGUGUGGUGCUGGCUAGUUUGAUGUCAGUUUGACACAAGCUAGAGUUAUUCGGGAAGAGGAAACCUCAAUUGAGAAAAUGCCCCAAUUAGGGUUUGGUCUCUGGGCAUUUUUCUUAAUUGAUGUCUACUGUGGUCAGGCCCAGCUCACAGGGGGUGGUACCACCCUUGGGUAGGCGGUCUUAGGUGUUACAAGAGAAAGCCGCUGCGAGAGAAGCCCUUAAGCAGAGUUCUUCCAUGACUUCUGCUUCAGCUCCUGCCUCCAGGUUCCUGCCUUGAAUUUCUUUACUGACAUCCUUUGAGGACAGACUAUGAUGUGGAACUGUAAGCUGAAAUGAACACUUGCCUUACCAGGUUGCUUUUGGUCAUGGUAUUUUAUCACAACACUAGAAACCCAAGACAAGCAUCCAAUUUAGUGCCAAGUAUCUUCUAAACUCAGUAACCAAUUUUUUAUCUGCCUUAUAAUGAAAACCUCAUUUACUGCUACAUAGCACAUGAACCUCAAAAGCAAGUGUGCCCAAGGUUAUCCCACCAAUAAAUGAUGGAGUAGAAAUUCAAAUACAAGUUGUGCUGGCCAGUUUUAUGCCAACUUAACACACGCUAGAGUUAUCUGAAAGGAAGGAACCUCAAUUGAGAAAAUGCUUCCAUAAUAUCUGGCAACAGGACAUUUUCUUAAUUAGUGAUGAAUGGGGGCAGGUCCAGCCCAUUGUGGGUGGUGCCAUCCCCAGGCUGGUGGUCCUGAGUUCUAUAAGAAAGCAGGCUGAGCAAGCCAUGGAGAGUGAACCAGUAAGCAGCACUACUUGAUGGCCUCUGUGCCAGCUCCUGUCUCCAGGUUCCUGCUCUCCUUGAGUUCCUAUCCUGGCUUCCUUCAAUAAUGGACUACAGUGUGGAGGUAUAAGCCAAAUAAACCCUUUCUUCCCCAACUUUCUUUUUGGUCAUGGUGAAGGCAAGCCAACCUAAGCAGAUCUGGCUGGGAUCAUCACCAGUGUCUGCAUGGUGCUCAAAACCUUGACGGUAGAGCGGAUACAGAUGGAGAACUCUGGAGUCUGUGACAUUUACAAGCUAGAUAAAUGAGUGAGUCAGCCUAGAAAGACCAGAACAUUGAUGGGCGGGGGCGGGGGGGGGAGCAUGAAGAAGGCAAUUGGCAUAGAACAAGAAAAAGGGAUCUCUGAGGGUCAAUUUGGGGUUGUCUAAUGUGGAAACGGCUAACAUCACUGGGAAACGCUUUUCUGUGAACCAACCCUGACUGUUGAGGGUUGUAGAAAGAACUGGAGAGAGCAUGAGAGAGUAAUGUACAGCAUAAACAGAUUAGUGACAUAUACCGUAAAUAAAACAAAUGCAACUGCAAAUCGAUUUUGGCUGAGGUCUGACCAGCCCAGCUGAAUUCAGGAAGGUGAGUUCAGGAAGGCAGAAGGUUUAUGGAGGAAAAACAAUUACAUGCCUGUUCCCUAUGCUUCCACUCUGAAAUCUCCUCUGAUUGUUAAAUAAGACUAUACACGCCCAUCUUCCAUGAGCUGGGCCACAUGUAAUCACAUACUUUGACUUGAAGUGUGGAUGGCAGUCAGACAUUGAUCCUGGCAUCAAUUAGGGCUGCUUACCCAGAAGCAGAAGAGACUCUGAGAACUGGCAGUGAGUGUGGCCCUUGGGGACAAAAAGUUGUGGUCAGUACUGUCUCUUUCUAAUCACAUGCUGGCUAAGGCUUACUCCAUUAGCAACAAUGUUGACAGACUGUCAAAGCACCCAUGCUUCUGCUGAAGAUUCUAUUCACAUCUGCCCUUCGCUUUCCAGGAAAGGAAUUACACUUAACCUUCUUGACCCCCAAUGAGUCCUUUCCUUAGCAUGAGUACCAUAUAUUUUCAUCUUAAUAGAGAUCAAAAAGGUCCUUGAAAGAUUUGCUUAGGUAGAUGCAAUAAAAUAAAUCCCUCAAUCGUUCAUGAGCCAUAUUGGCAAAAAAGGAAGGAAGGAAGGAAGGAAGGAAGGAAGGAAGGAAGGAAGGAAGGAAGGAAGGAAGGAAAUGAAAGAAAGAUCCCAUAAACUCUUAUCCACCAAAGUAUUUGGGGGCCUUUCCAGCACAGUACCAAGUAUCAUAAUGAGUGUACUUUCCCAAGGUCUAUGCAUCAGAGUGAAGAUUGAGUGAAUUGCUGCUGGGACUGAUAAUGACAAUAGGUACUUUUAGGAACCUUGGAGACUUUGGUUAGGAUUUCUGCAAAACCACAUGCAACAGGUACAACUGACAGACAAAUUCUGAUGCAUGAAACUCUUAUGUCAACAUCCAUUUAAAUAACCUCUGAUUCCAAUAUCAUCUCAUUUCUAUAAGAACAUGAUAAAAAAGGUGAGUGAAGAAGUGACCUUUGUUUGGUUUUGUUUUAAAUAGACUCUGAAAUUUUCAUCUUAUAAAAGUGUU